AUGAUCGAUGAGAUAAUAAGACAAACGCUGGAAGUUCUUCAAAACACCGGUGUUCCAAUAGCCUCUGCAAAAAACCUUGUCGAACUGGAAUACGUAGAUGACACCGUUCUCGUCGUCGGAAAGGAGAAGGCGCAGGUGUUUUUAGAUGAAUUGGCUAAAGUCAUGGCGUCCUUUGGUAUGCGCUUUGCAUCUACAAAGUGUAAGGUCAUGCUUGUGGACGUGCAGUCACUGAAUCCACCACCUACAAUCUGGGGAGAGGCGGUCGAAGUUGUGGAGCGUUCCACGUAUCUUGGAGGUUGUAUUAUUUCUGAGUGUACGAUGCAACUCGUCGGGCCUCAUCCAACGUCCUGCGAUGGUCAUACCGUACAGCAUCCUCUCCGACAAGCAAAUGGUGAAACGGAGAGAAGUGACGAACUCAAACGAAUGAGCUUUUCUGAAUUCGUUGCCAGCCUAGCAACAGGAAGCAAUAUCGGUUCAUCUGCUUCUGUACAGCGUAAUGGACUUGGUGCAAUGUCUCCAAAGAGUUUUCAUGAUAAGGAAAGUCACCGAAAAGCGAAGGAACUGGGAUCCAACAGAACUAAGCGGGCCUCACAGCCGCAUCGCCCACGAGGAAGUCAGCAGCAAUUACUCAGUUUCAUCACCCCAUCCAAAAGUUCUCCACCACCGAAAAUUAAUUCAGAACUUCACCAGACUAUACCCAAUACGACGAACUUGGACGCUGGGACCGGCGAUGCGACUCAAUCGGAUUGCAUUCCUGCUGAUAACUUUGCUCUUCCUGGAUUUCGGUUACCACUAAACCCUAACCCACCCUCAGUGGAAGAUUCCGAAGAUAUUGAGCUGAUCAAGGUUAAGAACACAGAAGCGAUCCUCGAAAGCAUGCGAGCGAGCUAUCCCAACUUUCCGGUGGAUGCUUGCUUUGCAACCCUACUUCGGUUGAAGGCGAAAGCUGCUUUGAAAGAAGCGCCUCCAACCAUGUGCAGUGGAGAUGACGCGAUCACCGUCCUGAAAGAUAGUCUUCAUUCCCUUUGGACUGAAAAGUAUACUUCAACUGGCUAUUCAUCUUUGCUGUAUAAUGGGCAUGGUGUCGCAUCACUCCGGCGAUGGCUAAAGCGAUGGAAGGAGGACAGAGGAGUCAAGAAAGAGCCCCAGGGUAUGAAAGAACCGCAUCGGUCCGGACGAAAACGCUUAAUGACAAGUUCCAGUGAUGAUGAGUUUGUUCCUGAGUUGCGAAGUGCCAGACGUCGCAGAACUUCACUCACUGGUCCCGGUCAGAAAGUCCCUGUUGAGGCUAAUAGUGUGUCGAUGCCGGAAGACCAGUCGUCGAUUCACUUGGAUGUGGAAAAUCCGUACUCCUCUGAAAGUUCAGUGUCUGAAACAGAAGGAGAAUUCGCAGAUCUGACCAGUGAAGAGGACGACUCGUUGUCGUGCGGUUUUCAGAAAUUGCGCGAAAGUUGGCGAACUAGGGCGUACGUGAUCUUGGGUCCUCCUGGAACUGGGAAAACGUCUCUGGUUUAUGCGCUAGCAAACGACUUUGGAUUAAAGGUACAACAAAAGCAGGCGGACAAUCCAAAUGUCCUCGACGCUCAACAGCAAACUUCUUUCAACCUAUUACUCGGGCUUCCAAAAGUUCCAAGUCUCCCAAGUCUCAAAGGUCUCAAUUUGAGCUGUAAUUCGCUACUGCUGCUGGAUGAGGCUGACGUGUUAUUUGACAGUGAUCGUGGUUUCUGGUCUGCCGUGAACAACCUGUUGCAGCUGGCCCGCCGUCCGAUUGUACUCACAGCCUCUGAUCCAUCAAUGCUUCAGAAUCUGCCGAUCGCCUUUCGGGACUUAAUCGCCCCGUACUUGCAGUUGAUUUCUCUCGCUGAAGGACUGCAGUUAAGUCCAACAUUCGCCGAAUCGAUCUGCCGACAACACUACAGCCGUUCAUUCUAUGCUUCCUUAGAUGCUACCCCAUCUAAUCACGGUGACGUGAGAAAAUUGAUUAACCAACUGCAAUGGUAUGCUUCCAUUUCAAAAGAACACAGCAAAGUGAUAAAGCCAGCUUCUCACACCUUUCUCAUUACCAAUGCCACUCUGUUAGAAUGGUUUCCUAACGUUUGUCCCCGUUUGAGUUCAAUACGGUUGCCCGAUAGAAACGCGAAAAAGAUGGAAAGGUCGCCAUCGGGAGACCUUAAAACUCAUGAUGAUGGUCUGUCAGAUUUAUUUACGGAUGAGUCACAGGCGCCUAUUCCUGCCGUUUCCCCGGUUGCUGCUUUGAAUACUCCCUCCAAGAGUGCAUCUGUUGCUUCCAUACACUCUACCCCACCUCUCCAGCCUUCCAUCAAAUUGUAUCGUUUGCUUCAAUUCAGUUUGGAUGAACUGGCACAGUGUAGUAGAGAGCUAUCCUUAUUUGACUGCACCCGUUCAGCUUUCGAACGUUCCUGUCUCAGCCGGAUAUUCGAUUUUGCCGGUUGGCACUCUACAGACGGUCCAGCCCCGUCAAUCGAUGUUCCUCAUCCAACCCCCUCUGAGGAAUUCGGAAAUAAUACAACGUUGAGUCGUACGGCUAAAACCCAGACUGCCUACUGUACGACAUCAUGCAAUCCUACCAUCCCUCUCUCUGUGGCCCCAGUUCCUCCAUUUGACGAUCCUGACAAUACUUUUCCGGAUUAUUGGGCAAAUGUACUUUCUCAUGUCUUCAAAUUCAGGCUGGUCCGUUUCGAGCAGGAACUGGAAACCCGUUUUCAGGAUGAAGUCAUGGCUUUUCAGUCCUCUGCGACAAUGUCCCCCUUACUCCCGAAAGCCUCGCAUCCCGUUUGUUCUCCGCAUCUGGCCAAGCUUAUUUCGGAUCUUCGUGCAACAACGAGCACCGCUCGUAACUUGAGCAGCAGUUCCGUUUUCGCCCGCAAAUCUCUGGUUUGUGACUAUCUACCCUAUCUGCGGACGAUCGCAUCCGGCGAGGCCGCAUGUCAGGCUGUCUCAACCAAGCGUCGUAUUUGGUGUCUGAAGGAUUUGCGUGCACCCUCGUACACGUUUCCCGCUGGUAUGGGAUUGCAGGCAUCAGUCAGGAUUAGCGAUCUUGACGAUAUCAAGUGGUCAUUAGAUUGUAUCGGAGAAGUCUGA